AGCGUGUAGCGGCCCGACGCUUCUUAGUUGUCCGUCAACCGCCGCGACGCACUCACUGCCUCCAUGAUCCGACACUUUAACUCUCGUCCGACGUGACGCCUAGAUGACUCAAGAAAGUGUAAUCCUCGCCGAGGGAUGCCGCUGUGGUCCUGGCUCCUGCUGCUUCUGCCUUCCCUCGGCUCUGCCCCCCAGGUGGACCAGCAACAGAGGGUCUCCGCCCUCAUGGACGGUGACUUCAUCAUCGGUGCACUCUUCAGCGUCCACCAUCAGCCCAAGCAGAAACGCGCGGGCAACACUCUGGUAUGCGGCGAGGUGCGAGAGAUGUACGGCAUCCAGAGAAUCGAAGUCACCUUCCAGACACUGGAGGCGAUCAACAAAGACCCUACCAUCCUCCCUAACGUGACCUUGGGUGUAGAGAUCCGUGACUCAUGUUGGUACGCCCCAGUGGCUCUACAGCAGAGCAUUGAGUUCAUCAGGGACGCCAUAUCUCCCGCCAGAGAUUCCGCUGCCUGUGGUCUGCCUCUGACAGUCGGACCCUCCAAGACCCGUCGGGCCCCGCUGGUGGGGGUGAUCGGCCCAGGCUCCAGCAGCGUCGCCCUCCAAGUGCAGAACUUGCUGCAACUCUUCCAGAUCCCCCAGGUCGGUUACUCCACCACUUCCAAGGACCUGAGCGACAAGAGCCGCUUCAACUACUUCCUCAGAGUCGUACCCUCCGACUACUACCAGGCUCAGGUCAUGGUGGACAUUGUGCGAGCUCACAACUGGACCUACGUGUCCGCCGUCAAUACUGAUGAAAACUACGGCCAAAGUGGCAUCCAGGCGUUUCGAGAGUUGGCGGAAAGAGCCAACAUCUGCAUCGCCAAGGAAGACUCGGUCCUUAGCAACGCGGAGGACGAAGUGUUUGACAACGUGGUGAAGAAACUGGACCAAGACCAGAACGCAAGGGUAGUGGUGUGUUUCUGUGAGGGGAUGACAGUGCGGGGGUUGCUGGCAGCCACUCAUAGACUUAACCUCACCGGCAGAUUCAUCUUUCUGGGCAGUGACGGCUGGGCAGACCGAAGUGAUGUGGCUGAUGGCUACGAGCCGCAGGCCCAUGGAAGUCUUUCUAUACGGAUACACUCUCCGUACGUCCGUUCCUUCGACAACCAUUACUUCCGGCUCAAUCCCUUCAACAACUCUCGCAACCCGUGGUUCAAGGAGUUCUGGCAGUGGAGGUUCAACUGUUCAAUGCCUGGAGAAGGGGAGUCGGUGAACCUCUCCCGACCGAGGACUUGCACAGGCACAGAACGACUGAGUGACCGCUACAAGCAGGAUCCCAAGUUGUCUUUCGUCAUCAAAGCCAUCUACACUCUCGCAUACGGACUCCACAAUCUCCAGCAGGAACUGUGUGGCAAGGACCACGUGGGGGUCUGUCCUCAGCUGUUCCCGAUCAACGGGUCUCUGUUCAAGAACUACUUGUUGAAUGUGUCUUUCGCCUACCGAGAUGAGGACACGGAAGAAACUGAAGAGACGGUCGAAUUCGAUCGGAGAGGUGACCCCCCAGGCAGGUAUAACAUCAUGAACUUCCAGCUGCAGGAGGAUGGUACCUAUGACUACAAGCACGUCGGGGAUUGGAACAACGGCUCUCUACAUAUCUGGAAGGAGAUGCAACUCGGACAACAGCCAGGGGUAAAGGUGGAGUCCGUGUGUAGCAAACCGUGUCCUCCCGGAUUCUACAAGAAUCUGCAGACAGGUGGUCAGGAGCAGAAGUGUUGCUGGGUUUGUGUUCCGUGCGAGGCGAACUCUAUUCUGAUAGAUGAACUGACGUGUAGGCCUUGCCGCUUGGGAUACUGGCCGAACAAGAACAAGACUGUGUGUGACCAGAUCCCGAUCGAGUUUGUCAAGUGGACGGACACCGAGGCCGUGGUGUCCAUCGUCUUCUCCUGCCUCGGUUUCCUCAGCACCUUCUUCACGGCUGGAGUGUUCGUCCGCUACAACGACACGCCCGUGGUGAAGAGCUCCACGCGUGAGCUCAGCUACAUGAUCCUGGCCGGGAUGACUCUGUCACACGCCACAACCUUCCCCAUCCUUGCGAGGCCAUCUGUCCUGAGCUGCAGCUUGUCCCGCGUCAUGCCGGGACUCAGCUUUGCCAUGAUCUACGCCUCACUGCUCACCAAGACCAACAGGAUCGCCAGGAUACUCGCCGGCUCCAAGAAGAGGUUUCCGUCAAGGAAGAUGAGGUUCAUGUCUGGAACGGCUCAGGUACUGAUGACUUUGGUGCUGAUUGGUAUAGAGGCUGGUGUAGCUGGAGCUAUGCUAGUUCUAGAACCGGCCCGACCAGCCUUUAACUACCCCACGAUUGACCGAGCUGUUCUUGUCUGCAACUCCUCACCCCAGGGAGUUGUGGUUCCUCUCGCCUUUGACUUCUUCCUCAUCGCUCUCUGCACCCUCUACGCCGUCAAGACUCGCAACGUUCCAGAAAACUUCAACGAGGCAAAGUUCAUAGGGUUCGCAAUGUACACCACGUGUGUCAUUUGGAUCGCUUUUGUUCCUAUUUACUUUGGUAGCGAUUCAAAGAUAAUCACAAUGUGCGUGUGUGUGACGCUGAGCGGUAUGGUGACUCUGGUCUUCCUGUUUAUGCCUAAGCUGUACAUCAUCCUUGUACGGCCUGAGCGUAACAACAGAGCGCUCUUCACAACCUCCAAGGAGAUAAGAUGCCACAUCGGCACCGUGGCCUCGGGGAACCUCAAGGCUGCUACGUAUCCCCUCCCUUUCACGGACUCUCCGAGACCGAAUAAUGUGAGGCAGUCCUGGCAACCUGGGGACAAGACGCACCUAGAAAUUCCAAACAGGGACCGAUGUGUAACUCUGUACGGGUCCAACUCAGAGUCAGGGCAGAACUGCAAUGCUUUGACAAGCCGUCGCAACCAUCAUCCCUCCGUCAGAUGGCAACAUCCUGCAAACGGUGAGAGUGGAGUGGCGGCGGGUGUACAGACCGAUCGCUCACUUCUAGACGCUCUUCUUGAGCAGAAGCCGAGAUGGCUCAUACUGAGUCCAUCAUCGCUGCUGAAACCUACGGUACGAGUGCGAGAAGAGUCACUCAGCGAGGACGACCAAAGCGGACAGUUGAAGAAUAUCACCAUCAGACUGGGAGGCAGCACUACUAGUACGUUGUCUGACACAUCAGACUACUUCUUUGAGGACGACCGGAGUGAUCAACUGAAGAAAUCCCUAUCAGACUGUGAGGCAGCACUACUAGUACGUUGUCUGACACAUCAGACUACUUCUUGUGAUCUUGGAUCAUUACAGCAGAGUCCCAGGACAGGGUCAGGGUCCCAGGACAGGGUUUUAGAGUCACACGGUGAGGACGACCGGAGUGAUCAACUGAAGAAAUCACCAUCAGACUGGGAGGCAGCACUAAUAGUACGUUUUCUGACACAUCAGACUACUUCUUCAGAGUCCCAGGACAGGGUGUGGGAGUCACACAGUGAGGACGACCGGAGUGAUCAACUGAAGAAAUCACUAUCAGACUGUGAGGCAGCACUACUAGUACGUUGUCUGACACAUCAGACUACUUCUUGUGAUCUUGGAUCACUACAGCAGAGUCCCAGGACAGGGUCAGAGUCCCAGGACAGGGUGUGGGAGUCACACAGUGAGGACGACCGGAGUGAUCAACUGAAGAAUAUCACCAUCAGACUGGGAGGCAGCACUACUACAGAGUCCCAGGACAGGGUGUGGGAGUCACACAGUGAGGACGACCGGAGUGAUCAACUGAAGAAAUCACUAUCAGACUGUGAGGCAGCACUACUAGUACGUUGUCUGACACAUCAGACUACUUCUUGUGAUCUUGGAUCAUUACAGCAGAGUCCCAGGACAGGGUGUGAGAGUCACACGGUGAGGACGACCGGAGUGAUCAACUGA